CUUUUGUCGGAUUUCCGGAAAAGAACAAAAAAAAAGCUUAGAAGAAAAUGGCGGAUCAGCUCACCGAUGACCAGAUCUCAGAGUUCAAGGAAGCCUUCAGCCUCUUCGACAAGGAUGGAGAUGGUUGCAUCACCACCAAGGAGCUUGGAACCGUGAUGAGGUCUCUAGGUCAAAACCCUACCGAAGCUGAGCUUCAAGACAUGAUCAACGAGGUCGAUGCAGAUGGUAACGGGACCAUCGAUUUCCCUGAGUUCCUGAACCUGAUGGCGAGGAAAAUGAAGGACACUGAUUCAGAGGAAGAGCUCAAGGAAGCGUUCAGGGUUUUCGACAAAGACCAGAACGGUUUCAUCUCUGCAGCGGAGCUUCGCCAUGUGAUGACUAACCUUGGGGAGAAACUAACUGAUGAGGAAGUUGAUGAGAUGAUCCGUGAAGCUGAUGUUGAUGGUGAUGGUCAGAUCAACUAUGAUGAGUUCGUUAAAGUCAUGAUGGCUAAGUAAGUGAGUGAGAGAGUGAGAGUCUUCUUAUCCCUUUGUUUAAAAAAGCCUUUAACCUAAAAAGAUGAUACAUUGGCUUUGAUUCUGGUUGUGUUCUUUAGGACAUGUUUUUUUUGCUUCUUUUCUCGUUUUUAUUUGUCUGCUUUGGCUAAGCUAUCUCUUUAGUGUUAUGUCAAGUAUGAACUUCAUGUUUUGCUUAUCCUUUGACGAUUUAUAUUCUCUCCUUUUUAUUGGUUAUAAUCUAUGUUGUUUCUCUUAAACAAUGUUCUUGAAAUUUUGCUGCCAAUCGAAUUUUAAUGGAUACCUG